AAUCCUACUCAAAUUGAAUAAAAAAAAACUGUAGAUGUGUUCCCACUAGGCUAACCUCAGAACAAAGAAGUCACAAAUGUAUUUCAACGUCUCAUUCCAGAACUGGUUAAUUUUAACUGUAAACAGAAAAACCUCAGUGCAAAAUAGGUUAACACAACAGACAUCCAGUUGACUAAAAUCGCAUUGGAGUAUGGAAUUUGGCAUCUUGUAUCGGUUCAGAGUAUACACAACACUGAUUGUUGCAGGAUUUGUUUACAAAUCACUCGUGGAUGCAAGAUCCAUGCAAUUUUUCUACCCGUUUGGCUCGGAGCAUGGUGACUCUUUUGUGGAAAACCUAGACGACGGUUGCUCUGAGGAAAUCAUUCUGGUACCAAGGCUUCUAUUUCAUAGACGAGAGCAGUCUACAUUAUUUAUAAAUUCAAAUGGAGUUAUAUCUUUCGGGACGAGCUUACGUACAUACGACGGUACGGAUCUUCGCGAACAAGCAAACACCACAAUGAUUGCCCCUUACUGGGCAGAUGUGAACACCCGAAGUGGCGGGAAGGUCUGGUACCGAAUAAGUGCGAAUUCUGACAUUUGCUUCAAGGCGAGUAAGCACAUACGCCGAGGGUUCUACGGCUACCCUAACUUCAAGGCUCGGUGGGUUUUAACCGCCACGUGGUACAAGGUGGCGUAUUAUGGGCAGAGGUCGAGGUAUAAAGACAAAGGGAACACUUUCCAAGUUAUUCUAGCUACAGACGGUGAUCUAUCCUUUGUAAUGUUUCAUUACGAAACAUUAGAAUGGACCACAGGAAUGCUGAAUGGAGGGGAUCGGUAUGGUCUUGGUGGAGUUCCAGCACAGGCAGGUCUGUUAGAUGACGCCGUCUCCUACACGCUUCCCUUUUCAAGAACUGCCGAUGUUCUUAAGCUUGUCAGUUCCUCGAACGUCGGCUCCCCUGGCAGAUGGAUGUUCCACGUCAGUGGCGAUCUUAGGGACGCAGAUAACCAUAAAUGCUUGACAGAAGGACUGGUCCACUUUUUCCCUAGCUACGCUAGCCUUCGUGGCGGGCACCAGAUCACUCCAUGGGAAGCUUGUCUCUGGCCAGAGAUUGGAUUUCGGUGUCUCUUCAACAACUCAAACCAGGGCGUUGGAAUAUUCAAGGGAGCAGAGAGUCCCUACUGUACAACACCGCCAUUUUCGACGACAGGGCUGGUGACCGUCCGACUCAGUAUUGAUGCCGGGAAGACAUUUCCAUUUUAUGGGAAUCUUGAAGUCGUAUCAAGACGAGACUUCUUCAAAAGGAACUUCAAUGAUCGUAAUAAACCGAGACCAGGGAUUAUUCCUGGUAAGGGUGGUGAUAACAACAGCAACAAUCAACAAAAUGGCAACAACGGCGGUCAACAAGAUGGCAGCAACAAUGGCGGUCAACAAGGUGGCAACAAUAACAACAAUAGUGAUCAACAAGGAGGCAACAACAACAAUACUGGUCAACAAGGUGGCAACAACAACAAUGGCGGUCAACAAGGUGGCAACAAUAACAACAAUGGUGGUCAACAAGGAGGCAACAACAACAAUAAUGGUCAACAAGGUGGCAACAACAACAAUGGCGGUCAACAAGGUGGCAACAAUAACAACAAUGGUGGUCAACAAGAUGGCAACAACAACAAUAGCGGUCAACAAGGCGGCAACAACAACAAUGGCGGUCAACAAGGCGGCAACAACAACAAUGGCGGUCAACAAGGCGGAAACAACAACAACAAUGGUGGUCAACAAGGUAGCAACAAUACCAACAAUGGCGGUCAACAAGACGGCAACAACAACAAUGGCGGUCAACAAGGCGGAAACAACAACAAUGGCGGUCAACAAGGCGGCAGCAACAAAAAUGGCGGUCAACAGGGUGGCAAAAACAACAAUAAUGGCGGUCAACAAGGUGGCAACAACAACAAUGGUGGUCAACAAGGUGGCAACAACAAAAAUGGCGGUCAACAGGGUGGCAAAAACAACAAUAAUGGCGGUCAACAAGGUAGCAACAACAACAAUGGUGGUCAACAAGGUGGCAACAACAACAAUGGCGGUCAACAAGGUGGCAACAACAACAAUGGCGGUCAACAAGGUGGUAACAAUAACAACAGUGCUCAACAAGUUGGCAACAACAACAAUGGCGGUGAGCAAAUGGGCAACAAUAACAACAGUGCUCAACAAGGUGGCAACAAUAACAACAGUGCUCAACAAGGUGGCAACAGCAACAAAGGCGGUCAACAAGGGGGCAACAACAACAAUGGCGGUCAACAAGGCGGAAACAAUAACAACAAUGGUGGUCAACAAGGUGGCAACAGCAACAAAGGCGGUCAACCAGGUGGCAACAAUAACAAUAAUGGCGGUCAACAAGGUGGCAACAAUAACAACAAUGGUGGUCAACAAGGUGGCAACAACAACAACAACGGUGAGCAAGGUAGCAACAACAACAAUGGCGGUCAGCAAGGUAGCAACAACAACAAUGGCGGUCAACAAGGUGUCAACAACAAGAACAACAAUCAACAAGUUGGCAACAACAACAAUGGUGGUCAACAAGGUGGCAACAAUAACAACAAUGGUGUUCAACAAGGUGGCAACAAUAACAUAGGCAGUCAACAAGGUGGCAACAACAACAAUAAUGGCGGUCAACAGGGUGGUAACAACAAAAAUGGCGGUCAACAAGGUGGCAACAAUAACAACAAUGGUGGUCAACAAGGUGGCAACAUUAACAAUAAUGACGGUCAACAAGGUGGCAACAACAACAAUGGCGGUCAACAGGGUGGUAACAACAAAAAUGGCGGUCAACAAGGUGGCAACAAUAACAACAAUGGUGGUCAACAAGGUGGCAACAAUAACAAUAAUGGCGGUCAACAAGGUGGCAACAAUAACAAUAAUGGUGGUCAGCAAGGUAGCAACAACAGCAAUGGUGGUCAACAAGGUGGCAACAACAACAAUGGCGGUCAACAAGGUGGCAACAAUAUCAACAAUGGUGGUCAACAAGGUGGCAACAAUAACAAUAAUGGUGGUCAGCAAGGUAGCAACAACAGCAAUGGUGGUCAACAAGGUGGCAAUAUUAAAAAUGGUGGAAAAGGACAGGAUAACAGUAUAUCCAAACCUGGUGAAAACAAAAACAGAGGAACUGAAAACAAGGGUACAACAACUAAUAAAGACAAAAGUGAUGGGAAAGAUGAAAUGAAAGAUGGACCAUUAGAUCCGAAUGUUAAGGAGAUUGUUAAUGUGUACACCACGAACGCUACUAAAGUGCUUUGUCCUGAGUUUAAUUUGGAGCAUGGCACGCUUUAUGAGACAGAACAUGAGAAUAUCUACAGAGUAAAAUGCGACAACGGGUACCAUAAGUAUGGCGCUGAUGUUGUGGUAUGCACAAAGGAGGCGCUUCUAGAUGCCCCACUCCCCUCCUGUGUACAAGUGCCAGACACACCUCCGUUUACCCAACUCGCUCUGAUGGCUUGGAUAUUGAUUCCUGUUGGGAUCGUGCUUUUGACUAUACUAACGGCAAGUGCAUGUUACCUUUGGAAGUCUAAAAAAAAGAAAAAGUGCAAAGCCAAAUGGACGCAUACUAACGCCAUGAAAGCGAAAGAGGUGACCGUUUAGUAUCUAUACUCUGGGCGAAUGUACUGGAGAUUUGAUUUGCGGUUACAGUUAUAGUGUCACAGUGGGCUCAGCGGUGACCAGCGGUGACAUCUGGAGUGCGGUAAGCACAUGUCAGCGGUAUUAUCUGGAGUGCGGUAACCACGUGAUCAGUCAUAUUAAAGACUGACAAUUUUGCGAGAACAAUUGUUAGUAUUUUCUCUAGAAAGCACUUAUUGUUUCUGACUACGCCUUCAAGUAAGCCGAAAGAACUUAUCACGUUUACAUUUAAUUCAAAUAUGUCAGAUGUCGUAACGUAGAUUACAAGACCCCCAGUGCAGCCUUAUUUGAAAUACAAAUUCAUUUUGCUAGAUUGUUUUCCAAUCCCUCUGCAAACAGGGGCAAUUUUCAUAGACAGACUCGAAAUUGAAGUACGAGAUUCAUUUUAAGGGAAGAUUGGUUUGACCAGUGAAUGAUUAUAGUAUAAGUACAUUACAAAGGCUCCUCUAUCAACAUAACAACCUAACGAAAAAACAUGAAUAACAAAAUAACUAAUCUGAAUUAUGAAAUGUAUAGAUAAUCAUACGUAAAACAAUAUUAUAUAAAUACAAUCGAUAUGAAAAAGAGAUUUAAAUGGUCCCUCACAUUAUGGUUUUGUUCGAGUUUCUUGGUGCCAACAACUUUAAACAUUACAUUCUAUUUCUACGAUCAAAACAUCAACAAAACAUUGCUAUGGCAGACAUUUUAGAUCAAUCAUAGAUGUGAAAAGUAUUCUGGGAAGGGAGGGUUAUUCAGGAGAGUACGGCGUUGCAAUGUAUCAUGGUUAUUUUCGUCAGGAUAGUGAGAUCCCAAAUAAUUCCUGACGUUCUUACCGGGAUUCCUGUGCUCGUAGAUGAACGUGAGGGAACUUGGGGUCUGGUACAAACUCAUCCAUUCGGCAGGAGAUUUUCCGUCGACGCAGCAUUUCUUUCCCACCACAGGAAACCCGAUAUUAAAGCCAGGAACAAGGGAAAAGGGAUCGCAUACAAUGAUAUCGAAACCUUACAGUGCGACGCACGCUUCCGUGGCCACCUUGACAGUUUUGUGAAGUAAAC